AUGGGAGAUGUUCUCAGAUACAACAAGGCUAGCAAAUACCAUCUCAUAUUGAAUGUUCGAGCGAAAACCAUCAAAGAGGAUGAUGGGAUAUUUUACUACUAUUCGGACAAAGUGAUGAAGUGGAAGGAUUCCACGGAUGACGGGAAGAGAAGAGACGAUACGAUCCACUUCAAGUCCCCUUUCAUACCGGGUGAAAUAUAUGUGGGACUGAAUGGAAAUGAUGUGAUACAUCUAAAAGAAGAUAGAUCACAACGAUUUUGCGACAAUUCAUUUGCAUGGAUCCCACAGCAUGGAAUUUAUCGCUUGAAUGCUGCCACCCAUGAAUGGACAUACAUGUACUACUAUCCGGACUACUUAUCCGGAUAUCUCACAUGA